AUGGUAAGGAAAAGCUUCAAUAUGAGUCAUAUCACGUGUUUCAAAUCUAUCAAAAAACCCAUUAAAACUUUUUAAAACUGAUCAAAUUUUCUUUCAAUUAUUUCCACCGCAAGACGAUUUCAAAAGAGAACUUCUUUCAAUCUUUUUUCUUGUAGUUUAUGGUCUUCUUUCUUCUUUUCCACUAUUCAGAGUAGUGCGUAAAAGAAUUCAUAUUUCAGUUUUCUUUCAAAUUAUUUUCAAUUUUUCAACAAGUUUUAUCACUUCAAUGUACACUUUUUUUUACUAAUUAACAAAUGAAAGCUAUAUUUUCUUUGUUGAUAUCAGAAAAAUAGCGGAAAAAAUUCCCAAAACGUAUCAUUCAUAUUCAAAUUUUUGGGCGUCAAUUCCCAACCCAUUUGAUCUUCAAUAAGGUGUCAAAGUCACAAAUUCUGACUUUUCUCACGUCAAAAAGACCGUUCUCAGUUCAUCAACACGUUCCGUCUUGCUACAGGCAAAAGAGAUCCGACUCGUCAAAUAUAUAUCAACUUCUAUUACAAUAAUAACCAAUAGGCAAGAGAGGAAGAUUUUCAUGGAAGGUACAAAUUAUUCUGAAAUGUUCCGCGCUCAUUCCUAUCCCAUUACUUUUUGAAUCACCUAGUCAAACCUAAGAAAGCGGCGAAAUGAAAGAAAUAUUUUCCUAUCGGUACCAUUUGAUUCAAAAAUUCUCAUCGUCCAUUCCUAACCUUUUGAAUGCCGGAAAAAGUCUCAAAGUUGAAUUGUUCGAAAAAAAGCUUUUCAGCGCUUUUUUUGAAAAACGAGAAGGCGCUUUGAAAAAGCAAAAUCGAUGAAGUUUCCAAUCUUUUUUUGAAAAACUUUUUCGCAAAAAAAUAUUUUUUUGAAUCAAAGAACUCGUCAAACAGCUCGCUCUAAAAAAAGAAACCGUGAAUAGGAUUGUUGGUACGAAUUUAAAACCUUUGUGAAUAGAAUGAAUGUUCAGCCAAGUUAUGUCGAAAAAAAUAAAAAUAUUUUUUUAAAAUGGCUUCAGUGCUCCUAAAUAGUCACUUCAUGAAAAUAUAGAAAAGAUGGGUAAGUUUAAUGUUUUUUCAAGUUCGAGGAGAUUUUUUUACCCCAAAAAAGGCCGACAACCAAUGAAAAAAAAACUUUCAAGCUUUCGAGUCUCUCUAUCUUUGAGCAAAAAUUGGAGUUCGAAACCACUGGCAAGUAAGUAAGAGGUGAAGGAAAAAAAAAGUUUCUUUCCCAGUUGAUUCAAACUUCUUGCCUUCCGUUCCCAACAUUUCUCCCUCCGCUGUCGGAGCACCCAUCAAAGUUGCAAAUUAUCACUUUUCAAACAUAAAAAAAAGAGCCUUCUCAGUUCAUCAACACGUUCCGUCAUGCUGCAGGCAAGAACAGGGCAGUUUAGGGCAAGUUAGCACCUCGGCGAGGUGGAGUCGGAGCUGAGACCUUUAGUCUCCGCCUCCUCUUCCUGCGACGAUUUCCUCAGUGGUAUCAUUCCAAUCCGCACAGUCCUACCGUCCUCUCCGACCUUCCGACUUCUUCGUCAACUUCUACCGAAAUGGCCGAGUUCUUCGACAUCCAGGAGGAAAUCGCCAUGCGAAUGGACGCCGUGACUCUCAAGUCUCUGGCCGCCACUUGCUCUACUUGGAAGCACUAUAUCAAGACUCAUCGUCAGAAGUUCAAGUUUGUUUUUUUUUUAUUAUUUUCUUCAUGCAUAGCUUUUUAGUGAUUAGCUUUACUCAUGAUAACUUGAGGGGCUGAUUUUUCCAUCUUUUGAUAUUUAUAAAGAAUUUUUCAAAAAUAAAUUUUCAAAGUUCUCAGACCUUAUUGUUCUUGGCUCUCAUUACCUUUCCAGCUUAUUAUCCACUCGAACUGAAAACUAUAUGCUUGAUAAUAUCACAAUUAUUCUCUUCAUUCAAGCAAAAACUAUAGAAGCUCACACCAAAUGAUCAGUCAGGAAUCGAAAAACUGAAUCUGCGUUCUCAUUUCUUUAACCAGAGAUAAACUCGCCGUGAAUAUGAAGUUUUUUGACUUUUUUGAGCAUCAUUCUGAGAUUCAAUCUACCAACAGAAUUUCAACUUUAUUAAUAUUUUCAAAAACUCAAUUUUCAGCCGCACGCCACUCAGCAGCCUGGUCAUCACCAGCCAACUCAAGACGUUCUACCGUGUCCGGGUUUUCGCAACGCCUCAGGGUCUGUUGGUGCCCGUCGACGACGUUUGCUACGAAGUCUCCGUGGAGCUCCCCUCCUUCGCGUACUAUCCGAGCCAGAAAACCGUCUCGAAUGAGAAAUUCUUCGACACUGUCGCAGAAUUUCAGCCAAAGUUUCUUUGGCUCCACGCCAAGCCAAACGUCGUGGCAAUGCUCCCGCCUUGGUGGCUUUCUACGGUUGAGCAGGUAUGAGAGUCAAUUUGAAGUUUCAAACAAAAAGCUUUUUGGACUAAAAUUUGGAACUGAUCUUUAAUCAAGUGAAAUUUAAAGCUUCAAUGGACUCAUUAUUAAUUAAAAAGUAUGGGCGGUUCCAAAAACUGUCUUGUUUUAGAUAUGAAAACAGUAAAAUUCUAAAAAUAUUCAAUUUUAAUUGCAGCUCUCCUACUCCUGCGAGUUCCAUUCGCUCGACAUCUUGCACAUUUUGAGAUGCGCUCCGAAGGUUGUUUUAUAAUCAAUUCAUCUCUUAAUUCAUUAUAUUCAGAUGCACCACGUCGAUAUUUUCGCCCAGGACCCGAAUAUUCCCUACACGCCGCUGCAAGUGGUCAAAGCGAUGAACUCGAUCUCUUUACUCUCGUUAGUUUUUCUCGUUUUGUUCGCCUUGAUAAAUCAGAGGCGGCUUGAAGAGACGUCAGAGAAGUGGGAGCCUUUCUCUUUCUCUGGUGUCUCUUCAGACUGCCUGUUCUCAAUCCAAAAAAUCGAAAAUUUUCGCUCAGAAAUGUUAUGAAGCUCUUAUCAGUUUAAAAUAGUCCAGUUACUGAAAAUCGAAAAUAUAGUGAAGAAGAAACCCCCGAAAAGCUAAUUUUUUUAAAUUUAAUACUUCCAAAAAUCCUAAAAUUACGGAUCCUAAUUCCUAGGAAUCUUCAGAAACUAUCACUAAUACCUCAGAUAAUCAGAAAAAAUCAUUCCAGGAUUCGUCAAAACGCGGAGUUUCCACGAGUGACUGAGAACGCUGACGAGAUCUUGGCCGAAGUCACUAAGAAAUCGAAAAACGGCAUGGGACUCGUUUUGUUGAGAAUUGAGACGGGCAACUUCUCCUACACUCCUGAGGCUCUUCUGCGCUUUUUUGAGGUGAUUUAUUAUUAUUUUUUUGGGUCGAUCAGUGUUUGGUAUUUGAAAAAAUGAAAUAAGAAAAGUCAACUUUGAAAUCCAGAAAGAUUCAGUGGAAAUUGACAAAAAUUAAGCUGAAGCAAGAGAGCAACGGUGGCUCAAAGAGACGCCAGGAAAGUUAGAACUUCUCUCUUUCUGUGGCGUCUCUUCAAAUUGUUACCUCUCUCGUUUCUGCUAGUUCGAGUUCUGCAUUCAUUUCUCUACAGACCCGAUUUGACUCAAGUUUGAGGCUUUUUUGAAAUUUUCAGCUUUCAAAAAGACUUUUGUGAAACAAAAACCUAGAACUCUCAAAUUUUCAGACAACGAAGUUCUACACUGCGCAUAAAGUGAUACUGUACAUCCACAAGAUCGAGGGCGGCAAGGAAAACUUCUACGAGACCCUCAGAGCCAGGGAAAACUGCGAUUCUAUCCGAUGCGAUGGAGGCUUCAUGUACCGCCGAGGCCCGCUGCAAGCCACGGUUUACGUGACUGAAGAAUGA